CAAAGAGACAGCAAGGGAAAUAUUAAUGAUGGAAUCUUCAUCAACAAGAAGAGAAACUGGAAGUUGUAGUAAAGAACAACCUCCAAAAGGAAAGCUGAAGGCUGUGAAGUCGUGUCUGGUGUGUCAGAUCUCUUCCCGUGAAACUCACCUGGAGUCUCAUUUGAGAGUGUCAGGAUUACAGAAACACAAACUGAUUCUGCCGGAUUUUAUAUGUCAGAAACAUGACAGACCUCUGGAGCUCUUCUGUAGAGAUGAUCACACAUGUGUGUGUAUGUCCUGCACUGAAGGAGAUCACAAGAACCACAACACUGUUCCUUUAAGAGAGUCUGAACUGCAGGAGAUGAUGGAGAACCAAAGAGCAGCGCAGAAACACAAUGAAGAUGUCAUUAAAGAUCUGAAGAAGGAAAUCUCUGAGCAGGAGUUGAUGAUAGAGACGCAGAAAGCAGCAGAGAAACAGGGCGAAGAUGUCAUUAAAGAUCUGAAGGAGGAGAUCACUGAGCUGAAGAACAGAAACACUGAGCUGGAGAAGAGAAACACUGAGCUGGAGAUGGUGAAACAGAAGCAGAUAACAGCAGAGAGACGGAUUGAAGAUGUCUUUAAAGUUCGAGAUCAGGAGAUCACUGAGCUGAAGAACAGAAAUACUGAGCUGGAGAUGGUGAAUCAGAAGCAGAUUACAACACAGAGACAGAAUGAAGAUGUCAUUAAAGAUCUGAAGAAGGAGAUCACUGAGCUGAAGAAGACAGAUGCUGAGCUGAAGAAGAGAAACACUGAGCUGGAGAUGGUGAAACAGAAGCAGAUAACAGCAGAGAGACAGAAUGAAGAUGCCAUUAAAGAUCUGAAGAAGGAGAUCACUGAGCUGAAGAAGAGAAACACUGAGCUGAAGAAGAGAAACACUGAGCUGGAGAUGGUGAAACAGAAGCAGAUAACAGCAGAGAGACAGAAUGAAGAUGUCACUAAACAUCUGAAGGAGGAGAUCACUGAGCUGAAGAAGAGAAACACUGAGCUGGAGAUGGUGAAACAGAAGCUGAUAACAGCACAGAGACAGAAUGAAGAUGUUAUUAAAGAUCUGAAGGAGGAGAUCACUGAACUGAAGAAGAGAAACAUUGAGCAGCAGCAGAAGAUCUCAAACACUGAAGAUAAUCUCCUCCUCAUACAGGAAGAAUAUCAGAAUGACUUGAGUCGUCAGAAGAAGUCUUCAUCUGAGCGUUCUUUUAGGUUCUGGUUCCUGGUUGUGGGAGUCCUGUUUGUGUUGUCUGCUUGUUUUAUUCAGACUUACAAUCACAUACAACGCAGUGAAGCUGAAAUCACUGAACUGAAGAAGAAAAACAUUAAGCUGGACGUAGACCUGGAAAGCAGUAUAGCUGAAUUGAAGUUGAAGUGGAUGCAGCAGUAUGCAGUGGAUGUGACUCUGGAUCCUGAUACAGCAAAUCCAUAUCUCAUUCUGUCUGAUGAUGAGAAACACGUGAGAACUGGAGACAUUAGUCAUAAACUCCCAGACAACCCCAAGAGAUUUGAUACAUGUCCAAUUGUUCUGGGAAAGGAGGGAUUCUCAUCAGGGAGAUUUUAUUAUGAGGUUCAGGUGAAGGGAAAGACUAAAUGGACUUUAGGAGUGGUCAGAGAAUCUGUUAACAGGGAGGGGCAGAUCGCACUGACAUCAGUAAAUGGAUUCUGGACUGUGUGGUUGAGGAAUGAGAAUGAAUAUAAAGCUUUUGCUAGUCCCUCUGUGUCUCUGUCUCUGAGAGAAAAGCCACAGAAGGUGGGUGUGUUUGUGGAUUAUGAGGAGGGUUUGGUUUCCUUUUAUGAUGUGGAGAACAGAUCUCAUAUCUACUCUUUCACUGAUCAAUCUUUUACUGAGAAACUCUAUCCAUAUUUUGGCCCAUGUUUGAAUGAUCAAGGAAAAAACUCAGAGCCGUUGAUCAUCACACCUGUCGUUAAAAGUCAUUAGUUUUUUUUAUAUCUGAAAUACUAGACAAAACAACACUUUCUAUGAUUAAAUAAAAAGGAUUAAAUAGAAUUAGAAAUAUUAACCAUUUUUUUUGUUUUCCAUUUUUAAACAUAUAAUACUGCUGUAUAUGUAGAUUAUGUUCAAAAUGUUAUGUUAAUAUUUCUACAUUGCUUCAGAAUGGUGUCUAAAUUACAUGUCUGCUUAUUUUCUGAUAUAUAAUAAAUAUAUACGUAAAUUUUGAUUUACAUUUAAAUUAGCCAAGUUAAUCACAACAAUAUUUUUUAAUUAAAACUAUUUCUACAAUAUACACGGGAAAUAGUCACACACACUGUAAAACUUUGUUUCAAUUUCGCAGCAGGGUUGCCAGUAACUUAUCGAUUUAAUGUAAAAUUAAAUAAUCAUGCAUAAACUUACCUAGUUUAUAUAUUUUUCUUUCAUAAAACAAGACUAAAUAUCUCGGGUUACAUUUUUUUGUUAUGUAAAUGUAUCGAAAUUUAAGAAGUUUUUUUUUUUUUAAGAAAACAAGAGAAAAAGGCUUAUGAAGAAUCUAAUUUUUUGCAGUGUUUCUGUGCUAAUGCCAGUCUCUUCUUGCUCAUUUUGACUUGUUUUAAUUUUGAUUAAAAGGACUGAAAACAGUACUAAUAGGGAAGUAUUUUAAGUAGUAAUUAAAUCUACAGUAAGUUACUGGCAAACCUGCUUCGAAAACUACAACAAAGUUUUACAGUGUAAAUACACUGUACACUAAAGACCACAUGUGUGUAAUGAGUCAAUGGUACAGUACAGUGAUGAAAUCAGAUGGUCAUUCCUCACAGGGGCGGCUGGACCAUUAUUGUGACACACGUGAGAAAACAAGAGAUGUUUUUCUGUCACAUUCACUCUCAGUGUUAUACUUGCUGUCAAUAAACAAUAGUCUUGUUCCAAUUGAGCUAUUCUACCCUGACACACACUGAUGACAUUUGCCGGUUGCAGAUGGACUAAGGAAUAAAAACACACCAUCAAGUUUGACACUUCAUGCUGAACCUGCGACAGAACACAUGAUUUUGCUGCCUUUAUUACUGAUAAAGUGGAUAUGAUAGAAAUUUUGAAAUAUACAGUGAUUCUCAAACUGGAGACCCCAAGAUGAAUCCAGAGAGGACACAGAUUUUGUGGCAUUUCAUGAAAUAUAGAAAUUUGUUAUAGAUCUCACGCAAUCCAAUAUCA